AUGUCUUAUGACUGGCCUUUCUCCACCAGCAUCACCAUUAUUCAUACUCAUGUAUGGGAGAACCAGAUCUAUUCCCUCCACUAUUUCAGCAUUUUGAGGCAGCUGGGGGCCCUCAUUGAAUACUUCGAGGUACCCUGUCAUGCUAAUUCAAUCUCUAGACACUGCAUCUGCACAGGCCUUACAGGCCUGCUGGUUAGGAUCCAGAGUUUUCCAGUACAGAUUCUUAGAGCCGGUUGUGGUUUUGGCCCUGAUGCAGGUGCUGCCAGUGUAGACUGUUCUAACACCUCCUUCCAUUUCACAGGAACCGACAAUGGUGAAGUCCUCCCUGAUUCCAUCCCAUCAGCUCCUGGGACCCUGCCUCAUUUCAUAGAGGAGCCAGAUGAUGCUUAUAUCAUCAAGAGCAACCCCAUUGCACUGAGGUGCAAAGCAAGGCCAGCCAUGCAGAUAUUCUUCAAAUGCAAUGGCGAGUGGGUCCAUCAGAAUGAGCAUGUCUCUGAGGAGAGUCUGGACGAGAGUUCAGGCUUGAAGGUCCGGGAGGUGUUCAUCAACGUCAGCAGGCAGCAGGUGGAAGACUUCCACGGCCCCGAGGACUACUGGUGUCAGUGUGUGGCAUGGAGCCACUUGGGGACCUCCAAGAGCAGAAAGGCCUCCGUGCGCAUCGCCUAUUUACGGAAGAACUUUGAGCAAGACCCACAGGGAAGGGAGGUGCCCAUCGAAGGCAUGAUUGUGCUACACUGCCGGCCUCCGGAGGGAGUUCCUGCUGCGGAGGUGGAAUGGCUGAAAAACGAGGAGCCCAUAGACUCUGAGCAAGAUGAGCACAUCGACACCAGAGCAGACCACAACCUCAUCAUCCGGCAGGCGCGGCUCUCGGACUCCGGGAAUUACACUUGCAUGGCGGCCAACAUCGUAGCCAAGAGGAGGAGCCUGUCGGCCACAGUGGUGGUUUACGUGAAUGGAGGCUGGUCUUCCUGGACAGAGUGGUCAGCCUGCAAUGUUCCCUGUGGGAGAGGAUGGCAGAAACGUUCCCGGACCUGCACCAACCCAGCUCCUCUCAAUGGUGGAGCCUUUUGUGAGGGAAUGUCAGUGCAGAAAAUAACCUGCACUGCUCUCUGUCCUGUGGACGGGAGCUGGGAAGUGUGGAGUGAGUGGUCAGUCUGCAGCCCAGAAUGCGAGCAUCUGCGGAUCCGAGAAUGCACAGCCCCCGCCCCGAGAAACGGGGGCAAAUUCUGCGAAGGUCUAAGCCAGGAAUCCGAGAACUGCACAGACGGCCUUUGCAUCCUAGAUAAAAAACCUCUUCAUGAAAUAAAACCCCAAAGAUGGAGUAGGAGAGGCAUCGAGAAUGCCAGUGACAUCGCCUUGUACUCAGGCUUGGGUGCCGCGGUGGUAGCCGUUGCAGUGCUGGUCAUCGGCAUCACCCUGUACAGACGCAGCCAGAGUGACUAUGGUGUGGACGUCAUCGACUCUUCUGCAUUGACAGGUGGCUUCCAGACCUUCAACUUCAAAACAGUCCGUCAAGGUAACUCCCUGCUCUUGAACCCCUCCAUGCAACCAGACCUGACAGUGAGCCGAACCUACAGCGGGCCCAUCUGUCUACAGGACCCCCUGGACAAGGAGCUCAUGACAGAGUCCUCACUCUUUAACCCUUUGUCGGACAUCAAAGUCAAAGUGCAGAGCUCGUUCAUGGUCUCCCUGGGAGUGUCCGAGCGAGCCGAGUACCACGGCAAGAAUCAUUCCGGGACUUUCCCCCAUGGAAACAACCGCAGCUUCACGACAGUACAUCCCAGAAGUAAGACGCCCUACAUCCAGAACCUGUCAUCACUCCCUACACGGACCGAACUGAGGACCACGGGUGUCUUUGGCCAUUUGGGAGGACGCUUAGUAAUGCCAAAUACAGGGGUGAGUUUACUGAUACCACAUGGCGCCAUCCCAGAGGAGAAUUCCUGGGAAAUUUACAUGUCCAUCAACCAAGGUGAACCCAGCCUCCAGUCGGAUGGAUCCGAGGUGCUCCUGAGUCCGGAAGUCACCUGUGGCCCCCCCGACAUGAUCGUCACCACUCCCUUCGCCCUGACCAUCCCACACUGUGCGGAUGUCAGCUCUGAGCACUGGAACAUCCAUUUAAAGAAGAGGACCCAGCAGGGCAACUGGGAGGAAGUGAUGUCGGUGGAGGAUGAAUCCACAUCCUGCUACUGCCUUUUGGACCCUUUUGCAUGUCACGUGCUCCUAGACAGCUUUGGGACGUAUGCCCUCACCGGGGAGCCCAUCACAGACUGUGCCGUGAAGCAGCUCAAGGUGGCGGUUUUUGGCUGCAUGUCCUGUAACUCUCUGGACUACAACUUGAGGGUCUACUGUGUGGACAACACCCCUUGGGCAUUUCAGGAAGUGGUUUCAGAUGAAAGGCAUCAAGGUGGACAACUCCUGGAAGAACCAAAGUUGCUGCAUUUCAAAGGGAAUACUUUCAGUCUUCAGAUCUCUGUCCUUGAUAUCCCCCCAUUCCUCUGGAGAAUUAAACCAUUCACUGCCUGCCAGGAAGUCCCGUUCUCCCGCGUGUGGUGCAGUAACCGGCAGCCCCUGCAUUGUGCCUUCUCCCUGGAGCGCUACACGCCCACCACCACCCAGCUGUCCUGCAAAAUCUGCAUCCGGCAGCUCAAAGGCCAUGAACAGAUCCUCCAAGUGCAGACGUCAAUCCUCGAGAGUGAAAGAGAGACCAUCACUUUCUUUGCACAAGAGGACAGCACUUUUCCUGCACAGACUGGCCCCAAAGCCUUCAAAAUUCCCUACUCCAUCAGACAGAGGAUUUGUGCUACAUUUGACACCCCCAAUGCUAAAGGCAAGGACUGGCAGAUGUUAGCACAGAAAAACAGCAUCAACAGGAAUUUGUCUUAUUUUGCUACACAAAGUAGCCCAUCUGCUGUCAUUUUGAACCUGUGGGAAGCUCGUCAUCAGCACGAUGGUGACCUUGACUCCCUGGCCUGUGCCCUUGAAGAGAUUGGGAGGACACACACGAAACUCUCGAACAUUACGGAAUCCCAGCUCGAUGAAGCCGACUUCAACUACAGCAGGCAAAACGGACUCUAGUCCACUUCCUCUCCUGAGAGGGUGACGGCCAGCUUUGGGACAUUUGCUUUCAAUGGGAAAGAAAGAGGCAGCUUUCUGCCCAGUGGCAUUGGGGAGUUCAGCCUUCAUUUAUAAUCAGUCAACAUCCCUGAUUGAAGGAACUGAAUUUGAUAUAGGUAACAUAUACUGGUAGGGAAAAGUACAAGCUCUCUUAAACAUAAGACGGUUCUACAGCCUCCUCUGAAUCCAUACUUGGGUUCACACUUGAGGGACUGCUCAGAUUUGGAGUGACAAGGAUGACGUGAGGGCUUAUCUAGUAGAAGUAACUGUGGGGAAAGAUGAGCUGUAGCAAAGCUGGGAAGACUGAGAUUAAAUCAGUGCAUGAUUUGAAACAGAUUUUUAAUGAUGUGUCCCCAAAGGACCAGCUGAUGCUGGUACCAGACUGUCAAGAGUUUUCUAACCAACUGGCAUGGGAGAUGUUGGCAAUCAUUGCAAACUGGCUUUUAGAACUGAGACAGGGUUGCCAACUCAUUUGUAGACUUCAACGGUGUCAAGAGGGGCAUUUAGAAUUUCAAAUCUGAGUACACCACACCAGCACCAAUUCCCUAUCUAUCCCAGCCACUUAAUAGGUCGAGAGGUAAGAGACCACACACUAGUCUUGCAGCAUACUAUCCCACCUUCAUUUUCUCCAAGGACAAAUCUUUCCACAUUCUUUCUUCCCCUUACACUAGGGAAGAAGUUUCAAGGAACAUAGACUUUUCAGUAUGGGGAUUUAUUUUUUCUAGCCCAACUUAACAGAACCAUCUUCAUUCUCAGCUAAGCCACUCAAGUUGCAAAAGCUAUUAGAACACAACUUACGCACAGAUUUAGAGACAAGAGAGGUCAAAUCAGAUCCAAGGAAACAUGAAUUGCAGAUGCCACAGGCCUCAAGCUAUCAUUCUAGGGUGCAGGUGUUGAUUUAGUUCCCCAGCAUGGUGGUUAUGAAGGGAUGAGGAGUUUCAUGGUCCUUUUCAAUCCAUUUCUUGAAUUUUCCAGCCUUUGGGGACUGCGUUCAUACAAAAUCUCUCCAUAGAGGCCUCUCCAUAGAGGUCAUAGGCCUAUGACCUAUAGGUCAUCCUCAUUUUGCCUCUUAAGAAAUUAGCAAAUGGUCUUUGCUCUAAAUGUUUCCCAACUACAUAGACAUGAGGAAUUCUUCUACCACAGUGUCUCAGAAACUACACGCAUUGUUCAGACAGCCGUCACGCUCCAAUAAUUCAACUUCCCUGAGUAUGCUUUAAGGACCAUUAACAUAGUGAAAGGCAACAAUAUUGUGGAGAAUUGAAAUCCACAGAUAAUACAUGACCUCCAUCUUAACACUUCACUCCAUCUUUUAUCCUGUUUAAUUUUUUUUUGACAAAAUGUCCUGGUAGCCUAAAGAUGAACAGAUUUGCUCCUGCUCAUCUUUUGGUGGAUGUUUUAUUUAGCUGUCCAGAAUCAGGACAACCAAAGUCAAGGACCUAGAUUAACCACAGGUUGGACAGCUACUUAGAAGUUGACUCCAUUAGAAUAAAAAUAGUCAGGGAAUGGGGGAGAUGAGGAAUACUUGGCAGUAAAGAUGCAGUCAAUUUUUUAAACAUAGGUCUCACGUUUAAAAAAAAUGAAUCUCCACCUAAGUGAAAAACGACCUAAAGUAAGUUGAAUUUACAAUACCCUGGGUAACGCUUUGAAGAACUCUUCAAUGUGUUGGCCAUUUUCUCUAAUGAAUGUGUGGUAUAUAAAGGUCCCCUGUAUUUGAUAGAAGGCUUUGCUAUAUGAAAUUCAAAAGCAUCUUGCUUUUCUCAGGAACCAAAGGUAUAUUGUAUAGAACAAGUCCUCUUAGAACUGUUGAGCGUAUUUUCAAAAUACCAUACCUCCAUCAGGAAAACACCUUUUUGCUAGUGUACUCAAGUUGUUUAUUCCUUCCCGGGAGCAAAACACACAAAGUGCAAAACUGUAAAUCAUUUGCUACCCCUGAUAUGAUUUGAGGUAGAAGUGGAAAUUGAUGGUCAGUCUCCCAAAAUAAACCUGAGGUUUGAUUGGCAUGGGUGGUAUGCAGAAAGAAUCUGCAUUGAACUGCUGAAUACAGACUUAAAACACAGUGUAGAGCUUAUAUUGUUAUCCAUCUUGGAUGGAUUUUUGUUUUAAAUAUCCUACCCAUUUUUCCUCUUCUCUUCUAAUUGGCCUUAUAAUUGUUUUAUCUAUUCUGUGAAUCCACAGAUCUUUUUUAGAUUUUUGAUACAUUUUUUAUAUUUUAAAACAUGGAAAAUGUCAAUGUUUUCCCUAGAAUCUAUCUAGAUUGUUUUAAGAUAAGAAUUUAUUAUCAAUCCCUGACUGUCUAGAAUUUCCUCUCAUGUAUUUCCUUUUUUUUUUUUUUGGCCUGGAUUUUAUAGAUGAGAUAAAGGAAGCAAAAGAACAUAAUCCACCUCAAAUUUCAGCCCAAAGUUCAAGCCCACCUUUCAGUCCAUUUUGUUUCCUCUUUCUAUUUCUCAUUUCUUCCAGGAUCCCACAUAAGAUUUCUACAGGUUUCCUACGGUAGGAGAUUCUGUGGCCAUUGCAGGUCAGGACUGUACGGUAUUUUAUAACAGAAUUCCAAAGAGAACCCAUGUUGUUGAGAUGUACAGACCAAGAUGUGUUUGUGUGUGGCAGAAGAGUCUGAAACCGCAUCAGACAGACUUAGCUGGUACUUGAACUUGUGGUUACUCACUGUAGCCUAAACCCUGGUUUGAUUUUAAUACUUUCCUAUCAUAUUGCCUUUCACUCCGUCUAAGCACUUACAUUCAAAGUCUUAUUGUCCUAGAGCAAAAUGAAACAGUAAAUUAAAGGUGGUCUUUCAUACUUGGUAGGCGACUUAAAAUUUUUACAGGAUAGCCCACUUAAUGCCAAAUCUUUCAAUCCUCAAAUGCAUUUAAGUCUAAUAGUCCAGCUUCAAACAUGACUUAAAAGGAGCCACCAAAACGCUCCUGUUCCCAGCUUCACCAGACUGCAGCCCCAUAAAGGUAAUUUACAGUUUUUACAGCGUUGCUUGUGCAGUCUUCCAGGCUUACAUUAAAAAUCCUUUAAGCCAAAAGGAAGCUCACUCUAUGGAUUUAAAUGCAAACUUCAUUUACCGGUGCAGGAAGUCUCAUAAAACUCAGAUGUACUCCCACAAAAAUUUUAUUGGCCUUUUUGUAAGAGAUGAAUAGGAAUUGACAGAGUUCUCUUUAAAGAGGGGAACUUCUCUCUUUUCUGUUAUUUCCAACUGCAGGUGUUCUCCUUUGCCACAGUCCCUGUUAUUUUCUUUUCAGUUGACUUUGAGAGAAGUUAUGAAGUCAAAUCGCUAAACAGGGUUCUCUUUGGAUUGAAAAGUUCUGGGUGUAUUAUAACAGUUUCCAUUGAUAGAAAUUCUCAACAUCAGGAUUGAUAAGAGAACAUUAAAAAGAAUAGAACUGGUUGAAGAUGAUAUUGUCCACUUUGCAAACAUCUGGCCAGUCUACCUGUGAAUUUCAACAUGUCACAGAAUCUUUUGAUGUGCUUUGGGUUUUCUUUUUUUUACCAUCUUCCCUUCAACUUCUUAAUCCGUCUGUAAAGGUGUUGAGUCAGAUGUGUUAAAAGGUGAAGUUCUUUCAGAGGGUCUUUGUUCCAGAUCCGUGAAGGUCACAGGAACCGUGAAGGAGCUGAGAAACGUGCUUUCCUGGCCCACUGUGUGGCCCAUUUUCAUUCAUUUUCCUCAUGAAACACUGCAGAGUUCUGAAUCCUUGGUAACUCCCAUUGACUGGACCAGAGGUGACAUCCACAGCAAAUGGGAGAACAAAAUCUUGUCCUACAGAUAGUGACACAUUCUAUGAUCCCUUUGGUGUUAGUUGCCAUAGUGCUGUAUUUACAAAACUCGAUGCUUUAGCCAAAUGCUGAAUGGCCACUGUUUCCACUGUUUUGUCUGCAUAGAACUUUCCUGAACUACAAGCAAAAAUGUAUUUUGUCAAAUGUCACAAAGUGAAAAUGUUACUAAUCUUAGGUGUGUUGCAUAUUUUGUGUUUUUACUUUCCAAACUUCUUUCAAAAGCUGCAGUUAUAAAGCUGUUUGGCUGUGUUGACAGCAUGUGGUGUUUUUGCAAAAGCAAUUCUAGAAGAGCCAGUGUCUACCAUGGACUCCUCACAUCCCCAACUCCAGGCUUGUCAGCAAAACCAAGAUGGCAGUGCGUGUGCUGUUAUUUUCUUCAAGGAAGAAAAGGGGAUGGAAAUCAGACCUGGCUGUUAGUCACUAGUGUGUAGUGCUGUGAUCUGAAGUAGGAAAUUUAACUCACAUAGAAUAAUUGUGGUUUUUGAAGCAGCUACUUUGAUUUUUCCUUUUGCUGUGAAGAUCAUGGAUUUGGAAUGUCCUCACGAGGUGGGCCUAAGACAGUGACACUAAACGUCAUGUCUUGGAACCCACCCUCCAUCUGAACCCAAAGAUUAAAAAGGCAGUAAGCUUCAUGUUUAGGCCAGAGAUGCAAAAGUUCCUCCCCCAUUCCUAACAUUGAGUUUGGCAAGGGGUACUUUUUUUUUCCAAGAAGUUAAAUGAGAAAAUAUAUCACUAAAUUUGGUAAUGUAGUUCUUUGCAUGAAUGGAAAUGUGUGUUAAAUCAUUUUACAAAAGGCAUGAUAAUGAAAAUGUCCUUUGGCUUCAAAUUGUGCUCACCUGCCAAAAGUAUUUCCCUAUCUGAAGCAUUAUUUACAUCCAAAUUCCCAAAUUGGACAAAUUAUAUAAUCCUAUUAAAAUUGGAUGUAGAGAGUAGAUAGAAACCUGACUGUGGUUCUGUUGAAUCAUGAAAAGGAAAGGUGAUAUUGGAGAAUUUGUGGACAGAAUAUCAUGCCUUCUGACCCCAUUACUGAAACAGAUAUUACAACCAGAAAUAGAUCUAAUAAUUCUAGUAAUCCUCCAUUAGCAGCUCUGAUGAUACAUAAGGGGAAGUCACCUUUUACCAGGAGACUUCCAUUUAAGCCUCAUCAGAGGGUGACUAAAAUAUUUCAAUCGGAAACACCUUCCAAGGCCUGUCCUAAAUUGUGUUGACCACUCUCAUUCAAACCUUCUCUGUAAGAAGGUGGAAAACACUCCAUCUGUGGAAAUUUUCUGGCCAGGAAAACAGUUUCCUCCUUUUCUAAACUGGAAUAAAGGCCAAUUUAACAUUUCCCAUUCUUCAGAACUGUAUCUGAUUGGUGCAUGCAAUCCAGUAAGUCUCAACCUAGAAAUAUUGAAAAUAUAAGCAGUUAGAGGAAAACUGGCUAAUUCUCCCUGACUCAAACUAAAAAAAAAAAGAAAAAGAAAAAAGAUAUAUAUAAGUAAUGGUUUACCUCCAUUUCUCUAUGGAAGAACUUUUAAGACAGAUUUCAUUUUGUUCUAUUUUGGCAAAGUGUGUGUGCGUGUAUGUGUGUGUGUCGGGAUGGGGAGGGUGGUUCUUUCAAGUGACUCAUAUCUCAAACCCAUUCCACUCUCAACAUUCAUUUGAUGUAUUCAAAGCCGGAAAAAAAAAAAAAAAAAAGCAGAACUGAAUACUUAAUUUGACAUGAAGCUGAAGGAGUGAACAAGCCAGAGGAGAGAGUUUGAAUAAAGCAUGGCCUUGGCUUCAUCCCACACUUUUUGUGCCUUGUACUAUCAGUGUAAAUUCUGAAUGUUGUACAGUAAAUACUUGGAUGGACUUCUUAGAAAAGGCUGCACUGGCUUCUUUUUCAGCACAUGUACAUAUCUAUAAAUAUAUAUACAUAUAUAUUUGGUAAUGCCAAACAGCUGUGUUAUAUUGUAUUGAACAAAAAUGGACGGUUUGGAUGUUUUAUGUAGAGUUUGCAAAAAACUGGAUGGUUACUGACUUUUCAAGAUAAAUGUACAGACAUAAAUUCCUGCAUAUCAGUUAUUUAUGAAUAAAGAGUCUUUUAUUGACAUUUUAGGAUA